AUACGAGUUUUAUUCAGUUUUAAUAUGAUGCCAAAUAAGGUGCCCAUGCGCACAGAGAGCGAUACUCUUGGUCUGGUGGAGGUACCAGGCAAUAGCUACUUUGGCGCCCAGACAGGACGUUGUCUGAUCUAUUUUCCCAUUGGAGGCGUCGAUGAGCGUAUGCCGAAACCACUUAUACAGGCCAUGGGCAUAUUAAAAAAGGCUGCAGCUGAGGUAAAUGAGGAGUUUGGACUGGAUAAAAAGAUCAGCACAGCCAUAUCGAGCGCUUGUGAUGAACUGAUUUCGGGUAAACUCUACGACGAUGGUCACUUCCCAUUGCCCAUUUGGCAAACUGGAUCCGGCACUCAGACCAAUAUGAAUGUCAACGAGGUGGUCAGCAAUCGGGCAAUCGAAAUGCUUGGUGGCGAACUGGGUUCCAAGAAUCCAGUGCAUCCCAAUGAUCACGUGAAUCAGUCACAGAGCUCCAAUGACACGUUUCCAACUGCCAUCCACAUCGCCGUGGCCAUUGAACUAAACAAGAGUUUGAAGCCAGCACUUAAGAAGCUACACGAGAUGCUUAUGAGCAAAUCAAACGAAUGGAAGGACAUCAUUAAAAUUGGUCGCACCCACACACAGGAUGCUGUUCCGCUGACCUUGGGUCAAGAAUUUAGCGGCUACACUCAGCAGAUAGCCAACAGUCUGGAACGCAUUGAAUCCGUCCUGCCCCAUGUCUACCAGUUGGCAUUGGGAGGAACUGCUGUGGGAACCGGACUCAACACUCGCAAGGGAUUCGCUGAGAAGGCCGCCAGUCGGAUCGCCCAUCUAACCUCAUUGCCAUUUGUCACUGCACCCAACUUCUUUGAAGCUCUGGCCGCUCGAGAUGCCAUGGUUGAGGUGCACGGGGCAUUGAAUACCAUUGCCGUUAGCCUCAUGAAGAUUGCAAAUGAUAUUCGCUUCUUGGGUUCCGGUCCACGCUGUGGCCUAGGUGAGCUUUCAUUGCCGGAGAACGAGCCGGGCAGCUCCAUAAUGCCGGGCAAGGUAAAUCCCACUCAAUGUGAAGCCCUCACCAUGAUCUGUGCUCAGGUCAUGGGCAAUCAUGUGGCCGUCUCCAUAGGUGGCUCCAAUGGACACUUUGAACUUAACGUUUUCAAACCGUUAAUUGCAUCAAAUGUCCUUCGUUCGAUAAGACUGCUCAGUGAUGGCUGCAACUCUUUUACUAACAAUUGUUUGAAAGGCAUUCAACCGAACAAGGAAAAAAUUGCUGAAAUAUUGCAUCAAUCUCUGAUGCUCGUGACAGCUCUCAAUCCUCAUAUUGGCUAUGAUAAGGCGGCACAAAUUGCCAAGGCAGCACAUAAGAAUGGAACCACUUUAAAGGAAGAGGCCGUCGUGGCUGGAAUCUCGGAGAAGGACUUUGAUGAUUGGGUGCGUCCUGAGAAGAUGAUUGGUCCUAACUAGAUACUGUAACAAUUUGUUGAAUUAACAAUUCUGAAUAAAUGGAUUAAGAAAUUA